AUGAACAUUUUACACCACAAAAGCUAUCAUGUUUACAAUAAAAAGAAUAUUGAAAAAGUCAGAAAGGACGAAGAAGCAGCAGCAGCUAAAGAAAAGGAAAAACAGAAAAGAAUCGAAUUGGCAGAAAGUGAAGCAAGACUUGAAUUGUUGAGAAAGAGAGCAAACGAACAAGACAAGACAGAGACACCCAUAGAACAUGUCAAUCUAUUCAAGGAUUACAUGAUUACAAAUGAGGAGCAUGACGCAGAGGAAAAAGCAAAAGAAGAAAAAGCAAACAGACAAGUGACAAUGUAUCUUGACAAAGGUGUAACAGAAGAAGCAACGCCUUGGUAUGCAAAGAGUCAUCAGGCGAUGAAUAAAUACACGGAUCCACACGUUAGACGUUCAGAUAAAAAGCGUAAGAGAGAUCCAAUUUUGGUAAAUGAUGAUCCUUUGGAAUAUAUUGAUAACAAAUUGAAAAGAAAAGAGAAAAGAAGAGAAGGAAGAAGAGAAGAAAGAAAACGAGAAAAGGAAAAAAGUGGAUCGAGUAUAGAACAACUUCGAGCAAAGAGACUAGAGAGAGAAAGAGAAGAAAGAGAGCGCGCAAAGAGGCUUUAUUUAGGCGCAGUAGAAGAAGAAGAGCAAGAAAAAGAGGAACCUGUAGGAUAUAACUCACAAUAUAAUAAACAAGAGACAAUAUUGGCAAAACAAAGCAAGAGACGUCGUUUUUGA